CUUCCUGUAGGGACUGAAAACCAAGUGAGGAGUUGAAGGACUGCACCAUCCUACACCAGAGAAUACAGAGAGGAUAGACACCACAGAUAGUGCCUGACAAUCGCCCAAGGAACAACUGCACAACUGUGAGAAGACAUCCAGUCCCUUCACAGCAUUGCUCAUCACAGAGAAGGUUGGACAGUGAAACCAUCAUCUGCAAAUCGUUUGGGUCAGGGGAGCUUUGACAUAUCAUCAGAUCUGAAACUGGUCAGUGGUGCGGAACCUUCCAUCAGAACCAAUCAUUCCGAAGGUUUGGCUAUAGGUGAUUGGUCAGGGUGAGGCUACGAAGAAGGGUGAGUGGUUCUAAGUGUGGUGAGAGCUUCAAUCAUUCAUCAAGACUCAUGGUUCACUGACUCAUUCCAACAAGUGAGAGGUUUAUAAGGAUUUUGUAAGUAAGAUUAUUGAGGAGUCUCAUAAGAUUUCCUAACACGGAGUGUGCAUCUGAUACAAACACUGUUAACACAAGGGCACCUACAUGGAAGAGAAACCUUUCAAGUGUGAGAUGUGCGAUAAAGCUUUUGUGACAUCAUCGAGCCUCCUGAGACACCAGCGGAAGCACACAGGGGAAAAGCCUUUCAGGUGUGAAGUUUGUGAGAUGGCUUUCACCCAGGCCUCCAAUCUACUUGCCCACCAGAGAAUUCACACAGGGGAGAAACCGUUCACAUGUGAGAUGUGCGACAAAUCAUUCUCACAGGCAUCGAGCCUCCGCAGACACCAACGGAUUCACACAGGGGAGAAACCAUUCACAUGUGCGGUGUGUGACAAAUCAUUCUCGCAGUCAUCGACCCUCCGUGUACACCAACGCAUUCACACAGGGGAAAAACCGUUCAAGUGUGAGGUAUGUGACAAAGCCUUCACAAAAUUUUCUAAACUCUUGGUCCAUCAGCCAGUCCACACAGGGGAGAAACCAUUCACGUGCGUGGUGUGCACCAAAUCAUUCUCGUGGUCAUCAGCGCUACGUGUACACCAACGCAUUCACACUGGGGAGAAACCAUUCACCUGCAAGAUGUGCAACAAAUCAUUCUCGGAGUCAGCCACCCUCCGCAUACACCAACGCACUCACACAGGGGAGAAACCAUUCACAUGUGAGGUGUGCGACAAAUCAUUCUCGGGCUCAUCGAACCUCCGCAGACACCAAUGCAUUCACACAGGGGAGAAACCGUUCACGUGUGACAUGUGCGGCAAAUCAUUCCCACAAUCAUCGAACCUCCUACUCCAUCAGAGGAGCCAUAUAGCGGAGUAACGCUUCAAAUGUGAUGUUUACUAUAAAGCUUUUGUGAUGCCUUCAACCCUCCUGGAACAUCAGAGGAUUCACACAGGGAGAACCCAUUUGUGUUUGAGGAAUCUGACAAGGCUGUUACUGUCAGCAUCUCGCCUGGCCCAUAAAGGUACUCACACAGGAGAAUCCCUAUUUGUGUGAAUAUUGUAGUCAAGCUUUCACACAGUUGUUGGAGCUCCCAAAACGUGGGAACUGACAACUGAUGAGAAGGAGUUUAACGAUUUGUUGGCUUUGUGAACUACCUCUCCAAGUUCUUGUCCAAUUUAAUUCAUCAGAGUGUGACUCUGUACACAAGCUCACUGCAAAGGGUGUUCAGAUAUAUUGGGGCACAGAACAAGGAGCAGCUUUCACUCACAUCAAACAACUAGUGACAACAACGCCAGUGCUGAGGUACGAUGAGGUCAUUGGUGAGGUCACCCUGCAGUGAGAUGCCAGUGAAACAGGACUUGGAGCAACCCUCAUGCAGCAAGGACAACCAGUUGUGUUUGUAUCCAGAGUGUUAAUACAAACCGAAUGACAUUGACACAAAUUGAGAAAGAGUGCCGGGCUAUUGUCUUUGCUUGUGUGUAUUUCAAAGAGUAUUGUUUGGGAGAGAAAAAGUGAUGGUAGAAUCUGACCACAAGUCACUUCAAAGCAUAUUUUUCAAACCACUUCUAUCUGCUCCAAAGCUUUUGCAAAGGAUGUUUACUUCAUUUGCAGAGAUAUCAUUUGGAGGUGUGGAGGUGGAGUACAAGCAAGGGAAACAGAUGUACAUCACCAACAUGCUGUCGAGAGCGGCACUCUCUUUGAGGAACGAUGAUGAUGCUGGUACAGAGUGUGAAAUCUUCCAGAUUCAACAAGAAGCAACAGCACGACAUGCUCUGGAAGUCAUCAACCCAGCAGAGACAUUGAAUUUGACAAAUAAGAGUCUUACUCAGAUCAUGAAAAAUGCACGAUGAGAUACAACUCUUCAAAUGUUACAGGAAGUUGUGAUGAAAGGAAGGCCUGAAACCAUCAAGGACACACCUGUUGCUGUAAGAGAGUAUUGGACAGUCAGAGAUGAACUGAUCGCCCAAAAUGGCAUCUUGUACAAAGGGACGAGGGCCAUUAUCCCUAAUGAGAUGAGAAAAGAGAUGCUGAAGCACAUCCACACAAACCAUCAAGGAAUCGAGUCUAGUCUGAGGGAGGGAAGAGCUCUACUGGCCAAACAUGAGCAAUGAGAUUAAGGACCACAUCAGCCAGUGCAGUGUUUGUAAUGAACAUCAAGCUGAGCAAGAUAAAGAACUGCUCAUGACUCAUGACAUCACAGACAGACUGGAUGAAGUUUGGAGUAGACCUCUUCAUUCUCACUGGAACUGAUUAUCUUGUCACAGUCUACUGUUAUUCAGACUACUGGGAGUUAGACCAGCUGAUAUCAACAACUACCAGUGAGAUUGUAGAAUGCCUGAAAGCACACUUCAGUCGUCAUGGCAUUCCUGACAUUGUGAUGAGUGACAAUGGCCCUCAAUUCACGAGUGAAGAAUUCAGACACUUGAUGAAUGAUUGGGAAAUUCAGCGCCACACAUCAUCUCCACACAUCAUCUCAAAUGAAAAGGCUGAGGUAGUGAUGAAAAUUGCCAAAGGGAUCCUCAAAAAAUCGACCAGACCCAUCACAGAUGUGUAAAAGCAAUCUUGCAGAGUGGAGAAACACAUCUACUGAAGUCAUGGAAAGUUGUCCAGUCCAGUGACUAAUGUCACGCUGCACCCAGACUACUCUUCCAACAGCUAAAAAACUGCUGAGUCCAGAAGCAGUAACAGGGAGUGAGUGACAAGAUCAAAGUGAAACGACAGAAAGACAAAUUUCGCUUUGAAAAAGCUGCCACAUCACUGCCAGAGCUGAGAGUUGGAGAGCCGGUCAGAGUGAAAACAUUCAACACACUCAACAGAAGUCAGCUCACUUGGCAACUUGGGUCCUGUGUAGAGAAGUUGUCACCUCGGUCAUACGUGGUGAAAGUGAGGGACCAGAUCUAUCGUCACAACUGCAGACAUCUACGUGCAACCGGAGAAGCUGCUCCUUCACAGCAGACAGCUGAUGAGGCAGAUCUGAUUUCACCAACUAAGCAAGGAACUGAACGCUCAUCAGUCCCAGAGGUCAACUGUUCCCCUAUAAAUGCAGCGGAUCAGCAGCAACAAUUACCAUAGCAACAACACUCGACAUGGCAACAAAAUUCCCCAGAGAGACAUCACCUCAGGAACCAGCAAACACCAGAUGAACAGCCAACAACAACUCACUUGCAUAUCAGAAGAUGACCUGAACACUUUAAAAAUUAUGUGUGCAAUGGAUGUAUGGGCCAGACAAAAUUGGAACAGACUAGAAAGAAUUUUGUUCACCUGUGGUAAUUUUCUUUGUGGACUAUGUAUGCGGAGUAACUUACAUUUGACAUUGCAUGGAUUUUUUUCUCUUCUGUUAUGAAAAGGGUGAUGUUUGAACAAAGGCUGUGUUUAAUUGUGCCGCAACACCAGGGGGAGCAUGUCCUGCGCAGGCACACAUGCAAUGUCAGCUGCCUGCAUUAAAACAAACAAGUUGGCUAGACACAGGCAAA